UUACCCCUUUGUUAUCCCCAACCCCCAAGCCCACAUGGGUCACACCGUUUUCACCUAAAAAUCUGUAACAGAAAUUUCUGUCCUUUCUUCCUCUUUCUACCAAUGAAUUUCCCCAUCCUUAGAACCCUAGAGCUCAUUAAAUUUCUAGGGUUUCUCCAUUUCUCUCUCUAAAUUUUAUCUUUGACUUUUUCAGAUUUCAAUUCCUCCAAAUAGAUCAAAUACCCCUUAAUACUUUCCUUUUUAAUUAAUAGUUUUUGGUGCUUCUCUAGAUAGAUUUCAGUUGUUUUUCCCUUUAAUUUAUUGUUCGGUUACUAGAAAAAAUUGCCAGAUUAUUUUUUUUUAUAUAUGGACAAAUUUGAAGGCGGUGGGAGUAGGGGAUUUAUGGAAUUUGGUGACAACCGACCUGCAGCAGUAGAAAAAUUUGAUGCUUCACAAUACGCAUUCUUUGGUAAUGAUGUUGUUGAAGAAGUUGAACUAGGUGGGUUGGAAGAUGAAGAGGAUGGUCUUCCUCCGGCUGCGUUUGAUGAUGAAGAGUAUCAAUUAGGCCAAGAAGAGGGUGAAGCUCUUGGAUCUUUAUCUGAGAUCGAUGACCUUAGUGGCACAUUUUCCAAGUUCAACAAGGAUGAUGGCGGCGCCAUAAAGCCAAGAUUUAUUGGUGACAGGGGAUACAGAGAGAGCUCAUCAGCUGUUGAGUGGUCACAAGAUGAAGAUUUUCGUAAUUGGAUUGACCGGAAUGCUCUUGAUGGGGGUGAAAGCAAAAGAUGGCCAUCACAGCCACACUCUUCUGGUGCUCACCUUUUGGAGCCAAAAACUUUGUACAGGACUUCCUCAUACCCUGAGCAACAACAGCAAUAUGAAUAUCACCAGCAAACCCCGAGCCAUCAUUACUCCAGUGAACCAGUACUCGUCCCGGAAUUGCCUUUCACUUCAUUUCCUCCUAGCGCAAGGCAUCCACAAGCUUCCCCAAAUAACCAGUUACGGAACCCAAAUGGUCCAAAUCAUCCCGGUGGACAGCAAAUGGCAGUUUCCUCACCUAACUUCUCUCCCUUCUUAAACGCUGCAAAUCACUUAACUGCCUCGCAUCUUGGCCCGCAGUAUGGUGGGAAGUUUUCUCAGGGCACACCUCCUGGGCUCCACCCUCAUAAUCAAAUUCCAGGCCAAUGGUUGAAACAAUCUACUGUGUAUUCUGGGGAGCAAUCAAACCUGACCAGUAAUAUGAUGCCCCAACAGUCGCAUCGCCAAAAUGGUUUCGCGCCGCCACAUGGGGGGCUGCAGCAACCCCAGCAGCCUGGUCAACAGCAUCCCUUGCAUUCACCCUAUGGCCACUUGCCAGGAUUGCAAUCCCAACUGUUUAAUCACCAUAUGUCUCCACUGCCGCAGAUGAUGAAUAAUUUUGAUAUGCUUGCAUUGGCUGAUUUAAGAGAUCAAAAGGCAAAACUAAUGCUGAGAGGCAGACAGGGCCUGCAUUACUCCCAACUGGGAUUUGAUGUUAGUAACCAGAGAAAUGUUAGUGCAUGGCCAAAAUUUAGAUCCAAGUACAUGACAACAGAUGAAUUAGAGAAUAUUCUUAGAGCACAGCUGGCGGCUACCCAUAGCAAUGAUCCUUAUGUUGAUGAUUAUUAUCACCAAGCUUGUCUGGCCAAAAAGUCUGCUGGUGCAAAGUUGAAGCACCACUUCUGCCCAAAUAAUUUGAGGGAUGGUAGUGCUCGAACUCGUGCUAAUACUGAUCCACAUCCUUUUCUCCAGGUUGAUGCUCUUGGAAGGGUUGCUUUCUCUUCUAUUCGCAGGCCCCGUCCGCUUCUUGAAGUUGAUCCACCAAAAUCAUCUGUCACUGGAUGUAUAGAACAGAAAAUGUCGGAGAAACCCCUGGAUCAAGAGCCAAUGCUAGCAGCUAGGGUGACUAUUGAGGAUGGAUUGUGUCGUCUUCUUGACGUUGAUGAUAUUGACCGGUUCCUAAAAUUUAACCAGCUUCCAGAUGGAGGAGACCAGUUGAAACACAGGCGGCAGGUUCUGCUUGAGGAUUUGGCAUCAUCACUUCAGCUAGUUGACCCCCUUGGCAAAAGUGGCCACUCUGUGAAUUCGUCUUCUAAAGAUGAUGUUGUCUUCUUGAGGAUCGUUUCACUUCCGAAGGGCCGGAAGCUGCUAGUACGGUACCUACAGCUUCUUUUACCUGGAAGUGAACUGACCAGGGUGGUUUGCAUGGCUAUUUUCCGUCAUCUAAGGUUCUUGUUUGGUGGGCUUCCAAUUGAUCACGGGGCAACUGAGACCACUGUGAACCUUGGAAGGACUGUGUCACUGUGUAUUUGUGAAAUGGAGCUCAAAGCACUUGCUGCCUGUCUUGCAUCAGUGGUUUGUUCAGCAGAGCCUCCUCCACUCCGUCCUGUUGGAAGCCCUGCUGGAGAUGGGGCAUCUGUUGCUCUAAAAUCUGUCCUUGAGAGGGCGACUGAGCUCUUUAGAGAUCCCCAUGCUGCUGGCAAGUGCAGCAUGCCUAAUAGGGCAUUCUGGCAGGCCUCGUUUGAUGCAUUUUUUGGGUUACUAACAAAAUACUGUUUCAGCAAAUAUGACACUGUUAUGCAAGUUUUCUUGAUGCAAGCCCCACCGGAUGUGACUGCUAGUGGAUCCGAUGCUGCCAAAGCUAUUAGUAGGGAGAUGCCUGUUGAACUUUUGCGUGCCAGUCUUCCUCACACUAGUGAAGAACAGAGAAAGGUCCUGUUAGAAUUUGCACAUAGGUCCAUGCCUGUGCUGGGUGUUGGUAGCCAAAGUGGGGGAAGUGGUACAUGAUUAUUUUUGGAGAUUGAUCUCAUGUAUUAGAUGUUUUGAUGAUUGUCACGAAGUAUGUCAAAAUGCACCGUUUGAUGGAUUGCUUUCGUUGGCAUAUACGGUGUUUAUGUGAAAACAUUGUUUCAGUUGCAGGACAUGGAGCCUGAUCAUCUGCAGUAUUCUGGUUGGAGAUUAGUAAGGAACUUCAUUCUUGUUUAUACAUGGAUGUGGUCAUCCUUAUUGGUACUGUGCUGCUUUAGAGAGGUGUGAAGUAGGUUGUUGCUGUAAAAUGUUCUAGUUUUCUUUUUAAAUUCGGAGUUCAUUUGAUGCUUUUUUCCCAACCAUGAUAGUCCUGUCAUUCUGAGGAGUUUUUAGGAUAAGAUGUACAGUUUCAACUAGAAAAAGCAUUUAGCUUCUAGUUUUACUUUUGGAGGAUAUGUUGGGGAAUUUAUAAUUUUCCAGUGUUUGAUGAUUAUAUGAAUGAAUGUUGAAGCUUAGAACA